AUGUCCUCCCCCAUCCUGCUCCUGGUCAUUGCAGCCAUCCCCCUCUUCGCCGGCUACAUCUACCUCACCACCCCUACCAAAAAACAGCCGCCCAAUGCCCUGCCCUCUUUCUUUUUCCCAGCCGUCACCUACCACGGCCGUCAAAUCCCUUCGUCUGCACGCAAUGCUUUCAGCAUCCCCGUACUAUGCCUCUGUGCUGACAUUGAAGCUCUUCAAGAUGGCGCACUCGACCUCCCUCUCCGUGUUUUGCACCACGGCGGAGACCCAAAGAAGAAAGUGGUUGGCUUGAGGAGCAAGUAUUACCUCGGUCAUGGUAAUGCUCCUUUCCGGGUCAAGCUGGAGGAGCUUAUGGCUCGUCAUGGGGUAGCGAAGGAAGAUAUUGGGAGGGCGUGGAUGACGACCAUGCCUAGUUUUCUGGGGUUGGAGGGGACGAACCCGAUGACAAAUUGGUACAUCUACAGCAAGGCGAAAGAUGGAGAGGAGGGGUUGCUCAAGUGGCUUAUUCUGGAAGUGCACAAUUCGUUUGAAGAGUCCUGCGCCUAUGUCCUCGGUCUCGACUCACCUCUGAGACAGGAACCUAACAAAGGGUACGAUCUCGCCUUUACUCUCCCCCGCACCUUCCACACUUCCCCUUUCAACAACCGCUCAGGAUACUACCGUCUCGAUAUUCUAGACCCCUUCCCUGCCGGCUACUCCAAAAUCCCCAACUUUGUGCCCAAGUUCAAAGUCUUUGUCCGAGUCUUGACGCCAGACAAGGUGAUGAAGCUGAAUGUGACCCUCGUCUCUGGCCCCUUGCCUCCUGCCAGACUCGGGGAGGGAUGGGAAUCAGCCUGGGGCAUGUUGAAGGUGUUGCGAAAGUGGCCGGGAACAUUGCUACUCGUCCAAGUACGAACAUAUUGGCAAGCAUACAUCCUAAACUAUCGAAAGAAACUCGCUUUGUACCCCAGACCCGAACCGGGAUGUCCAUUCACCGGCAACGGCUUCAACCCCCACCCGGGGGAUACUGGUAUCGACUAUGGCCUCCAGCGCAAGCCCAUGUCUUCCGGAAAAAGGGGCGUGACAAAAGCGAUUCAAGAGUUGAUGGUCAAGAGGGCAGAGCAACUUGGUAUCAGGCUGGAGGUGGUCUUUGAGCAUGGUCCACAGCCGCUCCUUGCGGGCUCAGGGGACGAAGUGCUGAGUAUCCACACUGCCGACCCUACGUUCUUUACAAACCUCAUGGCGGCGCCUUCGCCUCAGCACUUUUUGUUUCUCAUGUUUGAGAGACUCACUGUAGUCUCCAACGAGGCGCUCUUUAUCCGCAUGUUUGGUCCUCCCGAUCAAGCUCAAAGUGACUAUAUAUCACGCUGGACAAGGUCUAUACGUCAGAGAUACUUUACGUAUCUGUACUCUAACUCCAGUACCCAACCCCCAUCUUCUAUUCCGGCCCUAUCCACCCUUGCCCCACAUUUCACCGACUCCUCUCUACUUUCCACGGGAGCCAGGCGCGCAGUCUUGCAGCGAGUCCUCAAAGCUUUCAUCGUAGCAAGGCUAGUAGAGCGGGUGUUUGCUCUAGUAGGGUUCACCUUCGUGCAAGGUCAGGAGCCGUGGUUGAUUUGGGAUCGGGCGGUGAGACGAGCAAACGGCGAGGUUGGGGUAGAUGUAGUAGAAGAAGACGAGAAAAUUGGAUCUGUGAGGUUGACGGAUUAUAUCUAG